AUGAACAAGAUUCUACCUGGAGACGAAGAAGAUCAGAAUAUAAUAAACAAAUCUUCACGUAUCGCUAGAAUUGUUGCCUCGACAUUCGUAGUUACUGCGACGUUAGCAGCAGUAGGAGUGACAGCCAGGGUCGUCUUAACUUCCCAUGAAGCGGAGCCAUACUUCGACGCGUACAAUGGAACAAAUAGAACAGUGAGUACAGCUCAGCCAGCAACAAGCCAGAAGGCAUGCAUGUGCUACAACAACGGCACGUGUGCCAGCAAUACCGACAUGUCAUGCAUCUGUGUCAGUGGAUACUCUGGAAAGCUCUGUGAAAUUGACCCAGAUAACUGUGUUAAUAUAGCCGAUUGUUAUGGAGGAGCAUGUAUAGAUGGGUUUGAUAGCUACUCAUGUGAUUGUAAUUCAGGGUCGGUCAAUGUGGCAACACAAAAACUCGUUAGUCAGAGCUCAACAGAGGGACUCUAUGAGGCUGUGAAUGCCAUCGAUGGGAUUUUGACUGCUUGUAUGCGCACAGUUGAAGAAUACGAACCGUGGUGGCAGAUUGAUCUAAUGGAAAAUCACUGCAUUCAUCAGAUCGUUGUCACUAAUAGGCAAGAUUGCUGUGCUGAAAGACUAGAAAACGCCGUGACUCUCGUUGGUUACACAGCAGAGCGUGACGCUGCUGUUCAGUGUGGAAGUAUUGUAGAUGCACAAAGUGCCCUGCAAGCUACAGUAGAGUUUAACUGUGACACGGCAACCAGAGGGAGAUAUGUCACUUUCAUGUUACAGGAAACUACCAACAUUCUGAGUCUCUGUGAAGUUGAGAUUUAUGCCCCAGCUCGCAGACGAUACGAACUGGACUAUGAUAAUAUAGACUGGAAUCAAGCAAAUGCGUCUUGCCAUGCAAGAGGGGCACAUUUGGCAAAGAUACGAAAUGCAGAAGAAAAUGCUUACCUGCAUCAACUUAUUCAACAAUACGGAAUUUUUUGGGGCUGGUGGACCGGGGUGAACGAUAUCAGAACUGAAAGUCAGUAUGUAUACGCAGAUGGCACUCCGCUUAUAUUUGUCAAUUGGAGGCAGAGUCCUUUGGAACCAAGUGAUGCAAAUCACGAAGACUGUGCAGUGGCAAUACACGCGUUGAAUCUAAUGUGGAACGAUGUACCGUGUUUUCACCUGGGUCAUUUUAUUUGUGAAUACGAUGAAUAA